AUGGCAGACGACGACCAGCCAGACCACCCAGUCUUCAAAGAGGCGCCACCGUCAAGGAGAUCUUCAAGCUCGUCAACGAGCCAAACACUCGAGUCAGCGCCGCCGCCCUCCACCUCAGCGCAGAGUAUCUCCGCCUAUUUGCGACAGAAGCCAUCCACCGCGCGUCCGAGGUCGCAGAGAAGGAGCGCGCGGCGAGCGGGGAGGCGGACAAGGGGUUGCCGCCUGGGUUGCUCGAGACGACGCACCUUGAGAAAGUGCUCGCCGGGCUGUUGCUCGACUUCUCCUGACAACUGUUGCUCUUGUCUCUCUCCCUGCAUUCAAUCUUCAUCUGCUGUUGUACAGCUAUGCAUCAAGCCUGUCAAUCCAUCUGUCGACCAGGACACGCUAGUGGAAGUGGUCAUGCAGAUGUUUCAGCGGCUGGGCUUGCACUUCGUCCUUCUCACAAGGCGCGGCGUGCUCGCGGGCUUGCUCACACAGAUGGACUUGCACCGACACAUUCAGGGCGACCGCGACAACGAGCGCGGCAGCCUGUUCUUCCCUCGCUCGGAUCAGGACGAGGCGGAUCCUCGACCAAGCGAGACGCCGCUGAUGGAGCGUGCACGGCACGUAGAGCAGGCGUAUAGAUAG